AUGACCUAAUAAAUAUUAUUGGUUACUCUAUUUAUCUUGUUUUCAUAAAGAUGGCUCUUUUAGAAUAUCUUGAUUUAUAACUAAUAUGAACAAGUCACAAUUAUCCUCAAAUAAAUGAAUUAAUUAGUAACUACUGACUUUUACAACAAUAAGAAAUAUUUUUCAAAUACUAAAAAAUUUAGAUUAGAACUUUCUAAAUACUAUAUUGAUUUAAAUGAUACUUACUGCAUUCAAUCAGAUACAUUCAAAUUCUAUCAUCCUGAUAUUAUUUUAAAAGAUAUCUACACAACUAGAGAAAUCAAAGAUUAAACUUAAGAAAUUGUUUAAUCAAUAAGUUUUAUUAAGAUACCUGAUUUCUCUCCAGAAAAUUUAAAAAAUAAGACUAUUCUUCCUAAAGCUCUUACUACUCCUUUUAAUUAUUAUGAUUCUUAUUUAACUAAAUCAAAUACUGGAUUAUGUAUUUUCAUAUCUAUAUAAUAUAGCUGCUAUGUGUUUAUUUUAAAAACAUAAUCACAUGAGAGCCCGAUAAUAAUUAGCAUACAAAAAUGAAUUACUAAACAAUUAUCAUGCAUAUGUAGAUAAAUUGAAAACUAUGCCAGAAUUUUGUUUAUAAAAUGUUACCUUUAUACCAAAAUCUUAUAGAUUAUGGUUAAAAGAUGAAUGUUAAGCAUUUUUCAAGAUUAUUAACACCAAUAAAUACUAAAAGAAAGUAAAAAAAUAUGGACCUUAAUUUAUUAGUAAAUUAGGAUUGGAAGUACACAGAGGUGCAGGUAUUUCAAUACUUUUUCAAAAAGAAACAAAAUAAUUGAUUUAAGAUUACUAAAACGGUUAAAUUUGUGGAGAAAUUUCAAAUUACGUAAUUGCUUAAAAAUAUAUCAACAAUCCUUUUUUAUUUAAAGGACAUAAAAUAGAAUUUAGAAUAUAUUUUAUAAUAGCUUCAACAUAUCCCUUAAUUGUUUAUGCCUAUGAUAGUUCAUUAAUUAGAAGAUGCGCUACACCAUUUAAUAAAUUUUCUAUAGAAAAAUCCUCUCAUGUAUGUAAUACAGCAAUUCUUAAAAAAAAAAUUGAAGCGGAACAGAUGGAAAAUGAAGAAUAAUAUUAUAUUGAUUGGAAUUUGGAUUAUAUAUAAGAACUGUUAUUAAAAUAAAAAAAAAUAAAGAAUAAGAAUUGGCUUAAUAAUUAUCUCUAUCCUAAAAUACACAAUGCAAUAUAACAUUUAAUAAUGAGUACUUAACAAUUUUUUGAUAAGGAUAGUAAAUUGUCAGAAUUCUUUGGAGUUGAUUUUAUGUUAACGGAUGACUUGUAAAUUUAUGUCUUAGAAGUUAAUUCAAAUCCUUAAUUAUUGAAAACUAUACCAUAUAGAGUUAUAUAGAACACAAAAUUAGUCAAUGAUAUCAUAGAAAUAUAAAUAUCAUAUCUGAGAAGCAAAUAUAUUAGAUUGAAAUUAUUGAUUAAGAAGAUCCUUUCAAGAAAAUCAACUAUUAAAAAGUUUACAAAGGAAUUUAAAGAAGCUUAUAAAGAUAAACUUGAGCCUCAAUUCCAAAUUAGUUCUUAAAAUCUGUUUAGAAAAAUUAUUGAUAAAAAUUUGAAAGAUUCAAAGGCAUAUAAUGAUCUGAUUUAAAAAUAAUGUAUAUUAUGA